UUCCGCGGGGCUUGGAGCGGGGGGGGACUCCCGCCGGGGCGAGCGAGCCGCCCGGCCGCGAGCCUCUGCUCGUGCUGCCGGAGCGCUGAUGAGUUCAAACACACUUUGCCGCUGCUGUUUUAAGUCGUACGCCGGCUUGCCCAGAGGAAGGGCCCUGGCUAAAACGAAUUCUUUUUCUCGGCGGAGCGACUGGGGCGACGGCCGGCGCCUUCCCCGCUAUGCAUUUCUGGAUUCUAAUCUGAAAUUCUCUGGAAGAUUUCUUCAAGGAGGAAAUUGAGGAAAGCCCAUACACUCUGCAGACUGUGGAUUUGAUGUUAGACUCCACCAGCUGGGCUGUACCCAACCUGUGUUGGCGUCAGCUCAGCUGGGACUGGGGGGUUACAUCUCAACACUGAGGGCUCUGCGCAGCCUGUCUUCCUUGAUGCUCUUAUCCAAGAGCUUAUUCGAGCCUGUCAGCAGAUAACACUCAGAGAGGUGGAAAGGUUAAACAAGACAAGUAAAGAAGAAAAAAAUGGUGUACUGCUUUAAAGGAACACCAUGCAUCUGGCAAAAUUUUGAGAAGGCUCAAGGCGUUAAAGAAAGCUCAUCUAAAUAAAGGAGGGUUAACGUGACAUUGCAGUUACUUAAUCCUGUAUUGUCCUGCCAUGUGACUGCAGAGAUACUGAGGCGCAGUGUUCCUUUUGCCUGGUGCACAGAUUAUGCUUUUCCUGUCAUCUUCCAGGAUCAGUUGCUUUGUUAAAGCUGACAUGAGGAGGAAACACAGGAGCAACAAACUUUUUACAGCAAGGCUUCAAGGCACAAUGACAUUUCCAAGGCAGAGUGACAAGCAUACAGGCUGAAAAAUGAAUCAAAGGCAAACCCUAUGUUCAGCUCUUGGACUGGUACCAGAAUGAAGGAGAACCAUGCUCUUAAAGUCAGCUAUUCAAAAUGAACUGGAAGCAUCCGGAUUUAUUCAGAGUAGUUAAUCAGCUAUUUGUUUGACCUUUAUCUAUCAAGUUAGUUUUCAAAGCAGCAAGCUAAAGCCUGAAAAUUCAUGUCAAAUGUUUUGCAUGUGUCAAAUGUACAGCGAGCAACUCGGCGCUUUCUUGCACAAAGUUUACAGUUUUAAUUGCAAAGCCUCUUUUACCUUGUAGAUAAAGAUCCUGACAUACUAAAUCUGUUAGCGAGAGAUGGAUGUAAACAGCUUCCAGUUUUAUCUCUGAUUUUUUAACAGAACUGCAAUAUGUAGAUACACCAGAUUUGCUUUUGAAGUAAUUUCCAAACUAAUCCUUGGACUUUCAGUAAGCUGCUUUUUUUGCUAAGUUUGUCACUGUGUCCAUUAUGUGCAGGAUUGCGUAUCCAUACAGAACUAUUUCGUUUAAACUCCUUAUCGGGACAUCUUGUUAAAUGGGGAAGUAAUUACCCUAUAAACUAUGACAACAGGAUAUGUGAAUGGAGGAAGUCUUGGAAAACACCGCUAUUCCAGGUGGCAUCGUGAGGAUAGCGGAGAAGACGAUGGGCACCCGGAGUGCUGUGGAGGAGAUGAAGAAGACAGGCAGCACAGGCUGACCCCAUUUGAGAAACUAAUGCAUGAUAUGUCCCAGAAUGAAAAAGUGGUGAAAGAAUUAACCCUGGGAAAGAGAAUUGGCUUCUAUCGAGUCAGAGGAGAAAUAGGAAGCGGGAAUUUCUCGCAAGUGAAGCUUGGAAUUCAUUCCCUAACCAAAGCAUUUUUCUUUUCAGAGAAAGUUGCAAUUAAGAUUUUGGACAAGACAAAGCUAGACCGGAAGACUCAAUGUUUGCUAUCUCGUGAGAUAUCCAGCAUGGAAAAACUGCACCACCCAAAUAUCAUCAGACUGUAUGAAGUGGUGGAGACACUCUCAAAACUGCACCUGGUGAUGGAGUAUGCAGGAGGUGGGGAGCUCUUCACUAAAAUCAGUACAGAAGGGAAGUUGCUAGAAACAGAGUGUAAAAUAAUCUUCUCCCAGAUUGUGUCUGCUGUGAAGCACAUGCAUGAGAAUAAUAUCAUUCACCGGGACUUGAAAGCAGAAAAUGUCUUCUACACCAGUAACACCUGUGUUAAGGUGGGAGACUUUGGAUUCAGCACAAUAAGUAAAAGAGAUGAAACUUUAAAUACUUUCUGUGGCUCUCCUCCCUAUGCCGCCCCCGAACUCUUCCGAGAUGAAAACUAUGUUGGCAUUUACGUAGACAUCUGGGCACUGGGAAUCCUGUUAUACUUUAUGACGACAGGCAUCAUGCCAUUUCGGGCAGAUACAGUGGCCAAACUGAAAAAGUGCAUUCUUGAGGGGACAUACAGUUUGCCUCCCUGCCUCUCAGAAACUUGCCAGAAACUGAUAAAAGGAGUCCUUCAGCCAGUACCAACAGAACGAUACUCUGUCAAACUUAUUAUGAACAGCGAGUGGAUGCAAGGAAUACAGUACCCCAAACCUUUACAGCCAUUUAAACUAGAUCCAAAGUAUUUAUCAGACAUCAGUACACUCAAAGAGGAAGAAAUUGAAGUGAAAAAUAUUCUGGAAGAUCUGGGAAUCACAGAAGAGCACAUUCAAAAUAACCGGGGAAGAGACGCGCGCAGCUCAAUAACAGGGGUCUACAGAAUUGUUUUGCACAAGGUACAGAAGAAAAGGGCACUCGAAUGUGUUCCUAUCAUGUCCCACCCAGACCCCAAAGAACAAGACUUGAGGAGAGGAAUCUGUUCUUACAGCGGGAUGAAGCACACAUCCAAGCUGUGUUCUAUUUUAUAAAUUGCACUGCAGGCUUUAUACUUGGCACAUUUAACAAAGUGUUUUAUUCACUUUCCACAAGUUCUGGUGUUACAUUUUUUGUAAUUUUUGAAUAAACCAAAAAUGCCUCA